AACAUCAUGCUCUCCGCAAGUACUAUUUUUGCUUGGGUUGCAAUAUUCGGAUCUUAUGUUGCUUAUAAAGUGUACAAUUUUCUGAUCAAACAACGUGUCGACAAUUAUGGUAAGAAAACUGUUGCUAUAUCGGGAUGUGACUCUGGUUUUGGACGUCUUCUUGCUGUCAGACUUGUGAAACAGGGAGUGCCAGUAAUUGCGGGAGUUUUAAAAAAAGAGAAUGGAGAGAGCUUGAAGAAAGAAGUAAACACUCCAAGUCUUCUCACGUUCGGAAUACUUAACGUUGCUAACGACGAAAGUGUAAAAGAGUUCGUGAAGUUGGUUGAAAAGACAGUGGAAAAUCGCGGACUCUGGGGAGUUGUUGCUAAUGCUGGAAUCCUUGGAAAUUCUGGUCCAGACGAUUGGCUUUCUGCACAAGAUUAUAUCAAUACAAUGCAAGUGAAUACUUUCGGAGUCAUGCGAUUUAUUCAAGGACUCAAAAAGUUUGUAAAGAAGCAGGAAGGAAGAGUUGUCAUUAUCUCAUCAAUCUCUGGUCGAACUCCUCGUCCAACUGUCGGUCCUUACUGCGUCUCAAAGCAUGCUGUGGAAGCAUACGCAGAUGUUAUCAGACACGAAUUAAUUGAUUUCAAUGUCUCCGUGCAUUUAUUGGAGCCUGGCUUCUUCACCACAAACAUUACACAAACCGCUACAAAUGAUUUGGACGCGGUUUGGGAACGACUAGACGACGAAACAAAGAAGGAGUAUGGAAAAGAGUUUUAUGAUGAUUACAAGAAUUCCCGAUUCUCUCGUCUAUCCCACUGCGCUGAUGAUCUAAACCCAGUUAUUGAUGCAUAUGAUCAUGCUCUGCUUGGAAAAUACCCAAAAACUAGAUACUGGGUUGGCUGGGACACCAUUCUGUUUUACAUUCCUCUGGCAACACUUCCAACUUUUGCUCAAGAUUGGUUCAUUUCAUUUCAGCGUUGUAGCCGGCCAGUUCCUGCCUCAAUGAAGAAUCAUCAUUAAAAAUAUAUCAAUUUUUUUCUGUUGCCAAGAUUAAAAUAUGUGUCACCUUUGUUUUUUGGUGUUUUGUUGCAGCCAUUUUUCUCACUCAGACAUUUACAAAUAAUGAAUAUUCUGAUAAC